AUGUUACCAUAUCUGUUUCCGACAGAGCUCCUGCUCCAGAUAUUUCAAUCCUGCACAUCCAUUGCCGACGUUUUAAACUUGGCUCUUACAUGCCGCCGAUUUCACCAAAUUUUCGCAUCCUCUCAAAAACUACCGCUUCUUGCCGCCGCAGCAGAGACGGAAUACGGUCCGUUGAAGGAUAUUAUCCAAUUGGUGACUCAGAACUCCAGCCAGCCUGCACAUGCUAUCCGAGAAGCUCCCCUUUCGAUUAAUCUCCUUCAACAAAUCGUUGCAGUUGGACGCGUGGCUAGGAAGUGGGAGGAGAUCUAUCCUGUUAAGAAAUGGAAAGUCGAUUUUGAGGAUAGACGGCUGUUGACAGAUCACGAACGAUACACACUCCGCCGUGCUAUCUAUCGACUAUGGCUGUAUUCUAGAGCAUUUCAUUGCGCUCUAUAUCCACGUGCGUCGCGUGCAGUCCCUGCUGUAGUCCGUGAGCGAGCCGAGCUGCUACACAAUUGGUCCACAGACGAAUUAGCUGAGAUGGAAGACACGCGCCUAGUGAUUCGUGAAGUGGUACAAAAUCAUAUAUGUCCCAGUAACGGCACUAUUCAACGAAAGUUCCACAAGCGUUUCCCUGAAAACACACAGUCGCUCUCGUUCAACAUCCACCUGAAUUACCCUCCUUCACACAGCUCAUCCGAUUUUUAUUUUGCGGAUCCUUAUCGUUCGCAUACUCCUCCCCCGCAUGACCAAGAAACCUUCUUUCUCAACCACUCGAGAAAUGAGCGUUCUGGAACAAGCCAAUUUUCAGCAUCCACGAACAAAUAUGCAACUAAAUUUCGUUCGGAUCUAUACCAUGACCCGGGCGCAGAAGGGUGGGGCGAUGAAAUCCCCCAUUACUAUGUGGUAGAGGAUAUGUUGAAAUUGGAUCCUGGGCAGGUCAUCUGGUUGAGGGAGAACACGCGACUCAAGGAACAAGUGGAACGAUACGUCAAGUCAAUUGGAGAAUGGUUUGAGAAUAAUGGGGAAACAUUUGGUCAGACUCUUGAAUGGGUACUUAAUGAGCGUGGUGAAGACAUAGAGGCCUUCAAAGAUGCUAUCUUUGAUCAGGAACUGGGAGUUGCAACAACAGAUAUCUGA